AAAAAAGCUAAGAAAAUGAUGGGAAAAUGUCAUUACUAACUUUUUGCGUCGUUAUUAAAAUGGCGUCAAUGUGUGGAUGUCAAACAGACGUCAAGAUUUUGGCGUGUUUUGUGCCCUGGGGUGUGUCUGAACUCACUAGACUUAUUAGCAUGAUGUAGUGUGCUCACCAAGGCUGCAGUCUAGUUAGGGAACUACACACUUGAGUGUUGUGGGUUUGAGAAAGUGAAUCAGGAACAGCGCGUCUCCUCCUCUUCAACAUUUCCUGUCAGUGAGUCCUGGUCCUCCGCUGAGAGGAAGAUCAGCCGCUGUCACAGCCGCUUUCAGAGCCUCGGGCGGCGGACAGUGGCGCGGUCGGUAUCGGUGAUGGAGCGGCUCGGUCCGCCGGGCUUGGGCUCCGGUUCGGUUCUGCUCGUGUUUCUCAUGUCUGCUCUUCUCCGCACUGCUGAUCUCCGCAUCUGCAGCUCCUGUAAGCCUCAUCCAGUCAACUGUGUGUCAAAUCAGUGCUUCUCCAACUGCAGUGUGUCUACAGAGUGUGUGAAUGAGCAGGACGUCUGUGCCGCCGUCUGGUGGAGAGAUGCUGGACUGGUGAUGGUGGAGACUCUCUGUCAUGACCCACUAAAGCCGAUGCUCGGUGUGAUGGUGGAGGAUAUUCUCAUCUCGGAGUGUGUGUUGCAGGAACAAAACAUUCACGGAAGACACCUGCGUGUGUGUAGCUGCACAGGAGACCAGUGCAACCAGAACUUGCUGCUGCGCAAACUCACUGAGGAGGAGAAAUUGUCGAAGACAAACUCCAGCAGCGGCUUCAGACUCAAACAGAACUGUAAGUUUUGUGAUGUUGAGUCUUCGGUGUGUAACGCCAGCGGUGUGUGUGAGUCCGCCUGCGGCAUAAACUCCAUCUGUGAGACACCGGACGAGGUCUGCGCCAGCGCCUGGAGGAGUAACGGGGGAAACUCCAGCAUAGAGACGGUGUGUCACAAUCCAGCGCUGUUGUUUCACGGCCACAAUCUGACGGACUCUCAGAGCCGCGUGUGUCAGAUGAGGAGGGUGGAGGAGGACUUGUACAUCUGCUCCUGUAACGAUGAGGAGUGCAAUGAUCGCCUCUUCUUUAACCACGAUUUGAAACAAUAUCCAGGGGUUCAGUUCGAUCCCCCCUCUGAGUCAUCAUGGUUCAGUCUGGCUCCAGUUCUGAUCUCCGUCUUUGUCCUCAUCCCAAUCGUCCUGCUCUCCGUCUUCUACUGUUACCACAUCAGUCAGCACAAACUGAAGCUCCCCAAUAAGAAGAGUCUGGACAGCGAGAGAUGCAACAUUUUCAUGAAUCCAGAAGAGCAUUCGGACAGCAGCUCCAUCAACGCCAACAGCCUGAACCACAACACUGAGCUGCUGCCCAUCCAGCUGGACAGAGUUGUGGGAAAAGGACGAUUCGCAGACGUUUAUAAAGCCAAGCUGAAGCAGAGCGCAGACUCCUUCCAGACGGUGGCGGUAAAGAUCUUCCCGUAUGAGGAGUUUUCCUCGUGGAAGAGUGAAUGGCAGAUUUUCUCUGACGUCGAACUUCGGCAUGAAAACGUCCUGCAGUUUCUGACAGCAGAAGAGCGGACGGCAGAGCGACAGUAUUGGCUGAUCACGGCCUAUCACGAGCGAGGAAACCUGCAGGAGCUGCUGGCGCUACAAGUGAUUGGCUGGGAGGAGAUGUGCCGAUUGGGCGUGUCUCUGGCAAGGGGCGUGGCUCACCUGCACUCGGAUAGGACACCGUGCGGAAGAGCCAAAGUGUCGAUUGCGCACCGAGACCUGAAGAGCUCAAACGUUCUGGUGAAAAGCGACUGGAGCUGCUGCGUCUGCGAUUUCGGCCUCAGCCUGAGACUCGACAGCUGCCUGAGUCCUGAGGAGCUGGCCAAUAGCGGACAGGUGGGAACGGCGCGUUAUAUGGCUCCAGAAGUGCUGGAGUCGCGGAUGGAUCUGGAAAACACAGAGUCCUUCAAGCAGGCGGAUGUUUACUCCAUGGCCCUGGUGCUGUGGGAGAUCAUGUCCAGAUGCAGCGCUACUGGAGAUGUGCGGGAUUAUGAGCCUCCGUUCGGGAAGCUGAAGGGUCACCCGUGUGUGGAGAGCAUGAAAGAUGAUGUCAUCAGAGAUCGAUUGAGACCUGAGAUCCCGACCAGCUGGAGCAAACACGCGGGUGUUCAUCAUUUGAGCUCCACCAUUGAGGAGUGCUGGGAUCACGACCCCGAGGCGCGUCUGACGGCGCAGUGUGUGGUGGAGCGCUUCGAUGACAUCAUCAAUAGUGACGUUAUCCUCCCCAUCAGCCCCGACACCAAGAGCGCAGGGGAUUCUGGGAUACAAGAGAUGUAGAGCCAAAAUAACAACAACAUUUGCACUUUACAGCAGAACCAUGCCAAAAACACACACGGUUUAUAGAGCUUCAAUAAUCACUGUCCAUUUCUGACAUCAACAGAUGUUUGAUGCCACUGUUGUCAUCACUUCAGGGAAAACCAGCAGACAGAGGAGACUUUUAUCUGCUUAUAAGACUUUUAUUUGCUUAAAACCAUAUUUAAAGGCAGUGUUCCUCGAGCAAAGAACUCUGGGAAAUAUUUGCAGUGUUGGGGAAAGUUACUUCAGAAAGUAAUGCAUUACAAUAUUGAGUUACUCUCCAAAUAAGUUAUUACUUUAUGGUGAGUGAUGCGUUACGUUACUUUUGAGUUGCUCAUUUUUUAAAACAAUAAGGUUGGCAGCACGGUGGCUCAGUGGUAAGCACUGUGGGCUCACCGCAAGAAGAUCACUGGUUCUAGUCCCCGCUUGGCCAGUUAGCGCUUCUGUGUGGAGUUUGCAUGUUCUCCCCGUGUUGGCGUGGGUUUCCUCUGACUACACCUGGAAGUGCCGCUAGGGGGGAAGGUGUGGGGGUUAGAACGAUUCCAAGGGCAAUCAAAGAUAUUAUUAGGGGGGCCCAAGAUGUUAUUAGGGGUGCCAAGAUGUAAUUAGGGGCCCAAGAUGUUAUUAGGGGCCCAAGAUGUUAUUAGGGGGGCCAAGAUGUUAUUAUGGGGGUCAGUAUGUUAUUGGGAGGCCAAUAUGUUAUUAGGGGGGUAAGAUGUUAUUAGGGGCCCAAGAUGUUAUAAGGGGGGCCAAGAUGUUAUUGGGAGGCCAAAAUGUUAUUAGGGGGGCCAAGAUGUUAUUAGGUGGGCCAAGAUGUUAUUGGAAGGCCAAGAUGUUAUUAGGGGGGCCAAGAUGUUAUUAAGGGGUCUAUGAUGUUAUUGGGGGGGCAAGAUGUUAUUAGUGGGGCCAAGAUGUUAUUAUGGGGGUCAAGAUGUUAUUAGGGGGGCCAAGAUGUUAUUAGGUGGGCCAAGAUGUUAUUAGGGGGGCCAAGAUGUUAUUAAGGGGUCUAAGAUGUUAUAAGGGGGGCCAAGAUGUUAUUGGGAGGCCAAAAUGUCAUUAGGGGGGCCAAGAUGGUAUUGGGGCCCAAGAUGUUAUUAGGUGUGCCAAGAUGUUAUUGGAAGGCCAAGAUGUUAUUAGGGGGGCCAAGAUGUUAUUAAGGGGUCUAAGAUGUUAUUGGGGGGCCAAGAUGUUAUUAGGGACCAAGAUGUUAUUAGCGGGGCCAAGGUGUUAUUGGGAGGCCAAGAUGUUAUUAUGGGGG